AUGACUCGUAAGAAGGUGAAGUUAGCGUACAUCGUUAAUGACUCGGCUCGAAAGGCGACGUACAAGAAGCGCAAGAAGGGAUUGAUCAAGAAGGUGAGCGAGUUAAGCAAGUUGUGCGGCAUCGACUCGUGCGCCAUCAUCUACAGCCCCUACGACGACGCACAGCCGGAGGUGUGGCCGGAUGAGUGCGGUGCGCAUCGCGUGGUCGAGCAAUUCAAGAGGAUGCCGGAGAUGGAGCAGAGCAGGAAGAUGAUGAACCAGGAGGGAUUUGUCCGCGGCCGGAUAUCGAAGGUGGCAGAUCAGGUAAAAAAGGUGCACAAGAACAAUCAGGAGAAGGAGAUCAAGCACCUUAUGUUCCAAUGCCUCACCGGGAAGGCCCUCAAGGGGCUGCCAUUGCCAGACCUCAACGAUCUUGGUUGGGUUAUUGAUCAGAACUUGAAAGAGAUUUAUAAGAGGAUUGACGGGCUGAAGAAGGCAGCGGAAGCCGUGGCUGUGGCGGAUCAGACGGUGGCGACGGCACAAGGGCGGGAGAAUUGGUUUGGGGAUUUGAUUGUGAAUCCGGUGGGGAAUAAGGAUCAACGGAAGAUUGGGGGAUUGGAGGAUGUUGACAAAGAACAUCCGGACUGUGAGUUUGGUCACAAGAGGGAAACGUCCUUUCAUUCUGGGGAGUCUAGUGCCAUAUCGAGGCGUGGUGGGAGGCCUAGUGAUUGUUGUUUCUACCCGUCCGGGCUAAAGAAAUCGCAGACAUCAACUCUCAUGAGGCAUGAAUACCUUUUGAUCGCGAAUAUUGGGAUGAGCGAAGGGAUAAAACAAAGGGCAAACAAGAGGAUCGUUGCGAACAUGCAGAGGAUGGUAGGAAAGCAUGCACACGACGAUGAUCAGACAGGGAACACAUUCUCCCUGCUGUAA